GAAGCUGAUUGAUCAGACUGCCUGCCUGAACAAUAAUCCAAUCCAAGGCCUUCAUAUCUGAUAUUGGGAGUCCUUGGUCUUCAUACGUGAAGGCCUAGAAUUGGCCUAACGCUUGCCAAUGGCACUACAAGUGUACUGGUACGAUUUUGUUUGCUUUGGCAUUGUUGCUUUUUCCUUCUGCGGUGCCUUGUGGGUGCUGUGGAGGAAGGAGGGCGGCUCGAGAUGCGAUGACAACACCAUUUAUGAGAGCCUUCUUGUGGCUAGACCGGACAGUGAUGUCUAUGUGAGCGCGCUGCCGAGGGCUCAUGUCAGCACCUCCCAGCUAUGGACCAGCUGUUGGCGAGGGGUGCAUCCCGGGUGGCUCAUGGCCUCGCGUUUCGUGUCCUUUUUGGCCAUGGCCGGUUUCCUGGCCUGGGAUGUUGUGGACUGGGAUGCCACCAUCUUUGUUUACUACACUGAGUGGACAUUUGCAUUAGUUAUGGUCUACUUUGCGCUUGGGACCAUUGUAUCUGCAUAUGGAUGUUGGCUAUCCUCACAAAAACCUUCUUCUGGAAAUGGGAGGGCUGAGUUUCUGAGAAGGGAUUUGGAAGAGAGUAGAACCACAAACUCUAUUACUUACAGGGAAAAAGAGAUUGAGGGUACCAUCAAGCUGCAAAGCCACUAUGCUGAAGAGCAGAUUCAGAAAAGAGCAGGAUUUUGGGGAUAUCUGAUGCAAACUGCAUUUCAGACCUGUGGAGGUGCUGUUAUCAUGACAGACAUUGUGUUUUGGUGUGUUAUCGUCCCAUUUUUGUCAAAUGCACAUCUGGGCCUAAACGUGUUGAUGGGCUGCAUGCAUACUUUGAACGCUGUUUUCCUUCUUCUGGAUACCUCACUUAAUAGUCUUCCAUUUCCAUGGUUCCGGCUUUCAUAUUUUGUGAUCUGGAGCUGCGUCUAUGUUGUUUUCCAAUGGGUCAUUCAUGCCUGUGGUUUUACAUGGUGGCCAUAUCCUUUCCUUCAGCUUGAUACACCUUGGGCUCCUUUGUGGUAUUUAUGCUUGGCUCUGGUUCACAUCCCCUGUUAUGGGAUAUAUGCACUGAUUGUAAAAAUGAAAAGUUCAGUUUUUCCCAGAUUGUUUCCUCAUGCUUUUGUUGUGAGGUCACAUUAGUUUGAUAUUCUGGGAAAUUGAGUUUUUUUAUUGGAAGUGGUUAUGAUUUUGACAGUAUGCUUAUUAUAUGGUGGGAAUGCUCAUAUUCCUGCUCGAAAAGGUGAUGCAGACGGCAAGACGCCCGCUAGAAAUGGGCGUUGUCCUAGGGUUUAGUCCUGAGUCUAUUUAAACAUAAUUUGUAUUCCAAUGAAAGCGGACUUUGAUGGAAUAAAAUGAUGAUUUUCUCUCCUA